AUGCAAAUGCCGUGCUCUAUCGUGUACCUAGCUAGGCGUCAGCAAUCUAGAUGGCCUAAAAGUUUCCACACGAGCCACGACACGACGGUGACGACGACGAACGCGGGAGCGCCGGUGUGGAACGACAACGAGGCGCUGACGGUGGGCCCGCGCGGCCCGAUCCUGCUGGAGGACUACCACCUGAUCGAGAAGGUGGCGCACUUCGCGCGGGAGCGGAUCCCGGAGCGCGUGGUCCACGCGCGCGGCGCCUCCGCCAAGGGCUUCUUCGAGUGCACCCACGACGUGACGUCGCUGACCUGCGCCGACUUCCUCCGCGCCCCGGGCGUCCGCACCCCGGUCAUCGUCCGCUUCUCGACGGUGAUCCACGAGCGGGGCUCGCCGGAGACGAUCCGCGACCCGCGCGGGUUCGCCGUGAAGUUCUACACCCGGGAGGGCAACUGGGACCUGCUGGGGAACAACUUCCCGGUCUUCUUCAUCCGCGACGGGAUCAAGUUCCCCGACGUGAUCCACGCGUUCAAGCCCAACCCGAAGUCGCACGUGCAGGAGUACUGGCGGGUGUUCGACUUUUUGUCGCACCUCCCGGAGAGCCUCCACACCUUCUUCUUCCUCUUCGACGACGUCGGCGUGCCGACGGACUACCGCCACAUGGAGGGCUUCGGCGUCAACACCUACACCUUCGUCAACGCCGCCGGCAAGGCGCACUACGUGAAGUUCCACUGGAAGCCGACGUGCGGGGUCCGGAGCAUCCUCACCGACGAGGAAGCCGUGCUGGUAGGCGGGCGGAACCACAGCCACGCGACGCAGGACCUGUACGACUCCAUCGCCGCCGGGAACUACCCCGAGUGGAAGCUAUUCGUGCAGGUGAUGGACCCGGACACGGAGGAGCAGUACGACUUCGACCCUCUCGACGACACCAAGACAUGGCCGGAGGAUCUCCUCCCGCUCCAGCCCGUGGGGCGGCUGGUGCUGGACAAGAACGUGGACAACUUCUUCAACGAGAACGAGCAGCUGGCGUUCGGGCCGGGGCUGGUGGUGCCGGGCAUCUACUACUCCGACGACAAGAUGCUGCAGUGCCGGGUGUUCGCGUACGCCGACACGCAGCGGUACAGGCUGGGGCCCAACUACCUGAUGCUCCCCGUCAACGCGCCGCGCUGCGCGCACCAUAACAACCACUACGAUGGCGCCAUGAACUUCAUGCACCGGGACGAGGAGGUGGAUUACUACCCGUCCAGGCACGCGCCGCUCCGGCAGGCGCCGCCGGUGCCGGUCCCGGCGAGGCCGGUGGUGGGGAAGAGGGAGAAGGCCAGGAUACGGAAGCCGAAUGAUUUCAAGCAGCCUGGGGAGAGGUACCGGUCCUGGGACGCCGACCGGCAGGAGCGGUUUGUCCGGCGGUUUGCUGACUCGCUUGGUCACCCCAAGGUCAGCCAGGAGCUGAGGUCCAUCUGGAUCGACCUCCUCUCAAAGUGUGACGCAUCGCUGGGGAUGAAGAUUGCCACCCGGCUCAACAUGAAGCCAAACAUGUGA